AAGAGCGGGAGCAAUUUCGAAUUUUCUUCGAUCGCCCCGCUAUCGGAGAAUCUGUCUCUGUGUGCUCUGUUCUGCUGGCAUAUCGUCGGUGAAUGUCCUCUUGAGCAACUCAUAUUGUGCUCGGCACUCCAUCUCCCUCUGCGUAUGGAUUAUGGUCCACGAUGUUUAGUGUGGACUUUUGUCGGUGCACGUUAACGAGGCUCCUCCGAGUGCUGAGUAUUUAACCCAUUUCUCUAAGGUGACGGUUUCCUUAGUCUCGAGGACAAUAGGAUCAAGACGACAUGAAGCUGACGAUCGCGGUCGCCUCCGCAGUAGCCCUUCUGCAAGCGCGCGCGGCGCUCGGAAUCGCGGUUCCACAGGAUCAGGCAAGCACCGGCACUUCCGCGACAUCCACAACACCGUCGAAGACAUCAACCUCAACCUCGCCCGUUUCAUUAGACGUAAACUGCCCUAACAGCCAGAAAUUUGAGUUCUUCGGCGUUAACGAGUCUGGCGCUGAGUUUGGGAACACCGUGAUUCCUGGCACAUUGGGCACGGACUACACAUGGCCUUCACCGUCUAGCAUUGAUUACUUUGUCAAUGCGGGGUUCAACACUUUCCGUAUCCCGUUCUUGAUGGAGCGACUUGUUCCCCCUGCGAGUGGAAUUACGGGUUCCUUCGACGCCACGUACCUGCAGGGAUUGAAGACGAUCGUCAGUUACAUCACCGGAAAGGGCGCCUUUGCGGUCGUUGAUCCGCACAACUUCAUGGUCUACAAUGGCCAGACCAUCUCGAGUACCUCUGAUUUCCAGACCUUCUGGACCAACUUGGCUUCCGAAUUCCAAUCGGACAACAAUGUUAUUUUCGACGUUAUGAAUGAACCGAACAGCAUUCCAGCAUCCACAGUUUUCGAUCUUAACCAAGCUGCGAUAAACGGAAUCCGGGCUUCUGGCGCGACGAGCCAACUCAUCCUCGCUGAGGGCACAAGUUGGACCGGAGCGUGGACGUGGACGACCUCGGGAAACAGUGAUGUUUUCGGAGCGAUCAGCGAUCCCAAUAAUAACACCGCCAUAGAGAUGCAUCAGUAUCUUGACUCGGACGGUUCGGGAACCUCUCCGACGUGUGUAUCUUCGACUAUCGGUGCUGAGCGUAUCGCCGACGCGACAACGUGGCUGCAACAAAACAACCUGAAAGGCUUCCUCGGCGAAAUAGGCGCAGGGUCUAACGCGGACUGCAUUUCGGCAGUACAGGGUGCCCUAUGCGCCAUGCAACAGUCCGGGGUCUGGAUUGGCGCUUCCUGGUGGGCUGCGGGACCAUGGUGGGGAGACUAUUACCAAUCUAUUGAACCGCCGAGUGGUCCGGCCAUCGCUGAGAUUCUUCCGCAGGCGCUCGAGCCGUUCCUUUAGUCCAGGACGACGAGUAGUUCAUCAGACCAAGUUCCCGGAACCGUUUGCCUAAAUUAACCUAUAACCGCCAUGAGGUCGGGAUAUGUUUUGAUUGUUUAUCUGUUAUCCCAUACAGUUCGACCGUGAAGAUCUCUAGCUCGCGGUUGCACGUUUCCAGACAUCCCAUGCCGAGCCGCUCAAAGCUUCGAGUCUCACAAUCAAAUGUUAAAAUGCUUAGUGACUCAAGAGAGAUCGCGGAUCCCCAUAAGAGUAGAAAAGGGUGAAUAACGUGUCCGAAGAACCCGCAAGCACUCCAACAAGAACACAAGCCUGACAUAAACGAACGCCAGUCCUCUCCUUAUCUUGCGACCUCAAUCAAGCAUAUCCGAUCACAUAUGCGGCGUG